CUGGCGGUGGGUGGGGCUGGCAGCGGGGGGUGGGGUGAACCGUAUCGCCGCGGGCGAUGGACGUGCACGGACGUAACGGAGCGACAGCAAGGGGCGGGGUUCCGGCGGGUGAUGGACAGCAUGAGACAUGCCCACUCGCUGGAGUCCCUGGAGAUGAUUGGCCGGGACAAAGACAGAGGUGGAGUCUAUUCCCAAGACACCACCCACCUGCUGACUCAGUCAGUCAGAGGCAGGGAGGGGGCGGGGCUCGUACUGCACAGCGGGCCGCCGUCCCCGACGCACCAACAGCCAAUCAACAUCCGGCUCCUGGACCACAAAGAGCCAAUGGGAGGGAAGGGUUUAGACUCCACCCCUCCACCUCCUUCGCCCCGUACGCGAAACAUCCCUCCUCCUCUACGAUUGGACGUUGAUGCUGCGGGGCGGUCUGUCCUCAGGCUGUCUCACUCUCAGCCCAGCUCCCCCCCUGCUGGAUCGUACCACCCCACUCUGACCCCCAUUCAGACUCCAGGAGCCUUCAGUCUGGACCAAACCAUCUUCCACCUGCCGGGGGACGCCAGUAGUUCCAGUAACAGUUUGGUUGCCAUUGACAACAAGAUUGAGCAGGCCAUGGACCUGGUGAAGAGUCACCUGAUGUUGGCGGUGAGGGAGGAGGUGGAGCUUCUAAGGGAACAAAUCAGAGAGCUGCAGGAGAAGAACCAGCAGCUGGAGAGAGAGAACGUCAUCCUGAGAGCGCUCACACGCUCACACACACCUGGCCAUGACCACGCCCACCCCACCUGACAGAGACCACGCCCACCGUACCUGACAGAGACCACGCCUACUCCACAUGACAGAGACCACGCCCACCCCACCUGACAGAGACCAUGCCCACUUCACAUAGACCACGCCCACCCCGCCUGGCAAUGAUCACGCCCACCCCACCUGACAGAGACCAUGCCCACUUCACAUAGACCACGCCCACCCCGCCUGGCAAUGAUCACGCCCAGCCCACCUGACAGAGACCAUGUCCACCUCACCCGACAGAGACCAUGCCCACCCCAACUGACAGGCCACGCCCACCCCACCUGACAGACCACGAACAGAGACCACGCCCACCUCACCUGACAGUGUUGUGGUAAUGGGCUAAUAAUCCCACUAAUGAGGAGUAUGUGUAAUGGUAACCAUGACAACAGGACUGAUCCAGAUUUUCUGUGUGAUGAUGAUGAUGAUGAUGAUGAAGAUGAUUAAUAUGAUGAAGAUGAUGAUGAAGAUAGAAGAGAGUUUAAUAAAUUAAUGUCUAACUUUGUUCAGAAUGAUGCUGUUUGUUGAAAUAUUAAUAAAUACGUGAUGUCUGAUUUACA